AUGUUCAUUGAAUUUGGCAGAUAUCAAGAACUUCAGUCUCGACAAAUAGCAGGAGGUAGAAUAUACAUCAAGGAAUAGACGCCACCGGAAAAAAAUGGACUUCACCAUUGUGGAUUAUUAUGGGCCACAGAAAUCAAAAUGCGGCUAUUGCAAGGGAGUGCAGUGUUCCAUGGGCUGUGGUAUGCAUGCCUACACCAUGACUCCGAAAGAUUAUCAAGACCUGAUAGAUCGUGGCUGGCGGCGCAGUGGUCAUUAUUGCUACAAACAGGACAAUACUAAAACUUGUUGCCCACACUACACCAUAAAAUGUGAUGCAUUAAAUUUCAAAUUAUCCAAAUCACAUAAAAAAAUAAUCAAACGCAUGAACCGAUUUUUACGUGAUGGCAAGCGAGGCAAAAAUGAUGAAGAACUUAACUCAUCAAUGACAAGUGAAAAGCCUGAUGGUGAAAAUAUGGAGGUUGAAAUGAACAACGAAGGCUGUGGUAUAAGGGAUGUAGUAGAGGCACCCAAUGUACCUUUAAAAAACAUUAAUCUGGAAGCUUUUGCCAAAGCUAAUGAAAAAGGCAAAUCGAACGAAAAACAACCAGGUGUCCAAAAGCCAAAGACUAAUGCUAUGGAGAUUGACAAAAACAGCACACAAAAUAAUGAAACCCCUGAUAACAGCAAAAAUUCCACCGAUGGUGCUAAUCCUCCCUGCAAGAAAGCCAAACAAAUGCGUUUGGAACGCCGACUUGCCAAACAGGCAGCCAAGGGUUUACCUGCUGUUAUUGAGAAUAAACCUUCAAAGAGUCAGGAGAAAUCUUUAAAAGAAUUUCUCAAUGACGCGAAGCCCGAUGAUAAGCAUAAGUUAAAUUUUGAACUUAUACAUGUGAAAAGUAAAGAGUUUUUCAAAACUCUACCUAUGACAUAUGCUCUAUAUAAGAAAUAUCAAACGCUGAUACACAAGGAUCCCCCCAAUGCAGAACAGGAAUAUUUGGAUUUCUUGCAAAGAUCACCCUUGAAGCUUACGAAACCUUCGGAUGGCCCUCCUUUGGGUUAUGGCUCAUUUCAUCAACAAUACUAUUUAGACGAUCAGUUGAUUGCUGUGGCGGUCAUUGAUAUUUUACCCUAUUGCGUUAGUUCGGUUUAUUUCUUUUAUGAUCCAGACUAUAGUUUCCUCUCAUUGGGCACUUAUAGCUCUUUAAGAGAAAUUGAAUUGGUCCAAGAUCUUGCCAGCAAAGUGCCUGCUCUUAAGUAUUACUACAUGGGAUUCUAUAUACAUUCCUGUCCCAAAAUGCGUUAUAAAGGCAAAUUAUCUGCAUCGUAUUUAUUAUGUCCCGAAGCCUAUACCUGGCAUCCACUAUCAGAUGAAAUUCGAUUGAAACUCGAUGCGAAUAAAUAUCAACGUUUCAAUGAUGAUCCUCUUGCCAGAGAUGAAAAUGAGUUUGAGGAAAGCGAUAUGGAUUUGGUUUUGCUGAUGAUAGACCAAAGUUCUUAUGUCAAGUAUCGUCAAUAUAGACAGAGGUCUAUGAACUUGGUGGCUGCUAUAAGGAACAAGAUUGCUGGGUCUGAUGAUCAUGCUGCAAUUGUAGAAUAUGGAAAAUUGGUUGGCAAACCUUUAGCACAUCGUAUGCUCUAUUUAAAAAUGUAAUUUUUAAAUAGAAAAAAAGUCAAAAUGUCGAAAUAUCUUUGCAAAUAUUAAGCAUACACUGGAUAUAAUAACACUUAUUAUUGUUUUGAAAAUAAGACAUUGUUUAUUUAUU